AUGAAAGGAUCUUGGAGUGUUUUGUGUAUGUCCUCUUGAAGAACUGACAUGGAGGGAAUACCCCAAUUUCUUCAGUCUAAAAUGUUUUGGAAUGUUUCAACUAACUCCUCAGAGAGCGAAAAUGAAGUUCAGUCAGCCUUUUCACAGACUGAGCACAAUAUAGUCGCAGCUUACUUAAUAACAGCAGGGGUAAUAAGCCUUCUCAGUAACAUAAUUGUGUUAGGCAUCUUUGUUAAGUACAAGGAACUUCGGACAGCAACAAAUGCAAUUAUUAUUAACCUGGCUUUUACCGACAUCGGUGUUAGUGGCAUUGGUUAUCCUAUGUCUGCUGCUUCAGACCUACAUGGAAGCUGGAAAUUUGGAUACACCGGAUGCCAGAUCUAUGCUGCCUUAAAUAUCUUUUUUGGAAUGGCAAGUAUUGGGUUGCUUACAGUUGUUGCAAUUGAUCGUUACCUGACAAUCUGCAGGCCUGAUAUAGGAAGAAGAAUGACUACCCGCAACUAUACUUCCCUGAUCCUAGCUGCCUGGAUAAAUGCUGUCUUUUGGGCCUUGAUGCCUAUUGUAGGGUGGGCUAGCUAUGCCCCAGAUCCAACAGGAGCCACCUGCACGAUAAACUGGCGGAAAAAUGAUGUGUCCUUUGUUUCUUAUACAAUGACUGUAAUUGCUGUUAAUUUUGUCGUGCCCUUAACAGUCAUGUUUUACUGUUACUACAAUGUUUCCCGCACAAUGAAGCAGUACACUACCAGUAACUGCCUGGAGAGCAUCAACAUAGACUGGUCUGAUCAAGUAGAUGUAACAAAGAUGUCUGUUGUGAUGAUUGUGAUGUUUUUGGUGGCUUGGUCUCCAUAUUCCAUUGUAUGCUUAUGGUCUUCCUUUGGAGACCCAAAGAAGAUUUCCCCUGCAAUGGCCAUCAUAGCACCUCUAUUUGCAAAAUCUUCCACAUUCUAUAACCCCUGUAUUUAUGUCAUUGCAAACAAAAAGUUCCGGAGAGCAAUCCUGGCAAUGGUUCGAUGUCAGACUCGGCAGGAGAUAACUAUUAAUAAUGCCUUACCAAUGAGUGUCUCUCAAAGCACGCUAACAUAACGCGGCUGCUCGAAAGCACUGCCACUUUAUUUACCCUAUAGUAUAUGUUUUGUACACUACAUGGAAAAAAGUGGUCAAACCUGGGCCACAAUUAAAUUUGUAUCACACUGUAAUAAUAAUCCAGUCCAACAUGCCAGUUGUUUUUCUCGUUGUUCCAAUAAUAUUUAAUACAGUUUUUUUUAAAAAUCCCAAGAUUUUAGUACUGAAGACUAGGCCAAUUGGCAUAAUAUGCUUAUCCCUCUCAAAAGGCGAUCGUGAAAGCUCAGUGUGUUUUGCAACUCUUGGAUAGUGGGAUAAAAUGGUGUGGGAGGGAGAAUAAAGCAGGACAUGCUUAAUUGUGCUACAGUAACAGAAAUAAAUGUUGUGUAUGGAUAAUUCUUUUGGUAUGUGUAAUUUCCCCCUUUGAACUCUAAAGCAGUUCCCAAAACUUCAGGCACAGUACUACUGUAUCCUGCAUUCCCUUCCAUAUCUCAAACGCAGAUUGAUCUGACCUGAAAAGGUUGCUUCUAUGAGUACUGUAGUAUGCAGGUGUAUUUAAACUCCAGUGUUGCCAACUCUCUUUAUCAGUUUUGCGAUACGCCUCUACCCCGAUAUAACACAACCUGAUAUAACACAAAUUCGGAUAUAACGCAGUAAAGCAGUGCUCCAGGGGGCGGGGCUGUGCACUCCGGUGGAUCAAAGCAAGUUCGAUAUAACACGGUUUCACCUAUAACGCAGUAAGACUUUUUGGCAAAGACAGCGUUAUAUUGGGGUAGAGGUGUAUUUGGUGUUUUUCUGGCUCCUGGAGCCAAGUGAGUAUGUGAGAAUCUCAGCUUUCAUUUUUAAAAUAGUAAGAUUCUAACCUUUGUGACUGCAGAGAAAAAUCUUGAAAAUGUGACCCAAGCACAUGUUAAAAGUUCAAACCAAAAGGCAAGUAAAAAACCCCCAAAUUUAUUAUUUUAAGAUAAUCUCAUGAUUUUUGAGGCCUGACUCAUGGUUUUUGAAUGCCUAGGAUUGGCCAUCUUGGGAAUCAGUUUAUUCAGGGCUGAAGGGAUGAAUAUCUUUUCAAAGAUUCAAUUGUAGGUGGUAGUUAACUUGAUAUUGGUAUUUCUGAUGUUUGGAGAAUAAAUAUCUUGUCUACUGGUAAUAUAAAAUAUGAACAACACUCAGGUUGACCUCAACUAAAACUGCUUCAUCCAACGACCACUACUUAAUAUAUUGGGUUCACUUCCUGUUACCCAGUUCCUGUGUCUUUUUUAAAGUGAUACAGAAUGCUGGAUGUUGGAAUGCUGGAUGUUGGAUGUUGAACUCUUUACCUUGCACUAACAAUAAAAUAAAGAGAGAGAAUAUAGUUUGUUCUAAGAUCCGCUAAUCUGUUCUAAAAAGCAAACAUUCUCAUGUUUCAAGGAAGAAUGAAGAACACACAUUUUAAAGCACAAUCUAAGGGGAUUUCACUUCACGUGAUAUUUUUGGUGCUAUCAAUUGAUAAUCAGUAGAUAGUACCAACAAUUAGU